UAAUAUCUCGUGUUCGUUCGCUCGUUUUUUUUUUGGCUUUCGAUUUGAUGUAAAUGUGUGACAUGCUCCGAAAUAUGUACAAACAAAAAGCGGUUCUCUCGAACAAUCGACCAACAGUUCUCAGAUAGACAUUCAACGGAUAUAGUGACAAUGUGUGUGCGCUGUGAUAAUGGACGUGAAAUGAUGGGCUUAUAUUCAAACAUAAUUUCCCAAAAUUAUAUAUUCCAUGUACAACGUAAAGAAUAGGGAUAAAGAAAAACAACAACAAAACAUGGCUGGGUCAUCGAUAAUUUUAUAUCACUCGCUUGAAAUAUUGAUCGAUUGAGAAUAAAAAAACAUACAUAUCUCUACAUUAAUUUAAAAAAAAAAAACAAAAUCUGCAACAAAAGUGUCUUUCUAAUUUUGUUUUCUUUCACUUUCAUCCAUUAAAUAUUUAUUCAACCAAAUAUGCUAAGCCAACGUUACCGCAAACGAUUCACCUUGAAGAUGGCAAAUCGUCCAUCAAGCUCUAUGUCGCGAAGUGAAUCGGAAUUAAUAAACAAAUGCCAACGUGCAUUGGACGAUGGAACGGAAAGGGAUCCAGUUGAAAAAUUGCGUUUGUUAUGUUUGGCACGUGGGGCAUCGGGUAUUGUAGGCUUGGGUCGUGCUUUUCGUCGAAUGGACGACGAUGGUAACAAACAACUUUCACUCGAGGAAUUUGCAAAGGGACUUCGUGACACUGGCAUGGAAGUAACCGAUGAAGAAGCCGAAGAUAUUUUCAAACGUUUUGAUACCGACGAAAAUGGUUCGAUCAAUAUGUCGGAAUUUUUGAUUCAAAUUAGACCUCCAAUGUCUCAAAGUAGACAAAGCAUAAUUGGUGAUGCAUUCAAAAAGUUGGAUAAAACUGGCGACGGACAGAUUACCAUCGAUGAUUUGAAAAAUGUGUAUUCGGUACUUCAUCAUCCACAAUAUACGAGUGGUGAACAAACGGAAGAGCAAAUUUUGAAUCGAUUUUUGGCAAACUUUGAAGUUGGCGGUGUUGUCGAUGGUCGUGUCACCGAAGAAGAAUUUUACAACUAUUAUGCUGGCGUCAGUGCAUCAAUCGAUAACGAUGGAUACUUUGACUUAUUCAUGCGACAGGCAUACAAAUUGUAAACAUUGUGUGGGAUAUAUUACCACAUAAAAUCAACACUUACACCAAACACCAUCACCAAAGUCACUAACCAAAAUUGGUAUCGAUCUUCAAAAUGGCAACAUUUUAUUUUAUUUGUUUUGUUUCAAACAAACAAAUAAAAUGAGUUUACACACACAUUUUGCACGAAUUACAAAAUUUACGGUUUUCAUACCCAAUCAGAAAAUCCGUCCAUCUCAAUGUAUUCCAAAGUUAUCCAUUUGAACUCAAUCCUGGCUAUAUGAUAUCUAAUAAAAUCACCUUUUGCAAAAAUGACA